AUGGCAGGUACUUACAAUAUGAUGACUUACUGUACAUACGAGGCUUCUCAACACCCUUACAACGGUGCCUGGAUGACAAUGAGGCGCGAGAGGUCCUCCGGGAGAUCCAUGAAGGAGUGUGUGGGAAAAUGGGCUGAAGAACACUCGAAGGUCUUAUGGGCAUAUAGGAUGACAAAUCGAACUACAACAGGCGAAAUGCCAUUCUUUAUGACAUAUGGAGUCGAGGCAGUGCUCCCCGUGGAAAUAGAGACGCCGACACUAAGAACGGUCACGUACGAGGAUGAUGCAAAUGUCGAAGCAAUGAAUGGAGAGCUCGAUCUAUUGGAAGAAAAAAGGCUCGACUCUCAACUACGACUCGUCCCUUACUAA